AUGGAGUUUGAUAACAACUUAAGAGAGGAUUUUCCUUUUCUUUCCUGCUUUUUCUCUGAUAAUCUCUCGAAACCAGAGUUAACAACAAAUGGGUUCUCCUUAGAAGCGUCUUCCUCUAAGGAAUUGGUUCAUGAUUUUCAGCAUUUUGAUGGGUUUAAUAAUCUGAAUCCUGAUCAUCACCAUGUUGAUCACUUCAACGUUGAGGGGUACUCUUCCUCGGACCCCCUUUAUGGGAUUCAAGCCCCAUGGGUUUCUGAAGGGUUUCUGAAGGAUUUCAAUGCUUAUGCGUCUACUCUUUUUGCAACGGAUGGGAACAAUGGAAACAUGCAUGGCUUUGAGAGUUCUCAAAAUAAUUUGGUUCAGCCUAUGGCCGGCCAAAGUCAGAUAUAUCUGCCGCUGAAUGUUAAAGAACUUGGAUCAGCAAAUGUUAGGUUGGCAGAUGACGUCUCAAUCUCAUGCAUAACCUUGGACAACGGAUAUCACAGGAGAGCUUAUCAGAAGAAGAGGAAGAGAGUGCACAUAAGAAAGGCAAGCAAAGUUCAAAAGAAACACAACAUAAUCAAAGGCCAGUGGACUCCUCAAGAAGACAGGCAGCUGGUGCAGUUGGUAGACCAGCUUGGAGUUAAGAAAUGGUCUCAAAUCGCUAAGAUGCUGAAUGGAAGAGUGGGAAAGCAGUGUAGGGAGAGAUGGCACAAUCACUUGCGGCCAGACAUUAGGAAAGAUACAUGGAGCGAGGAGGAAGAUAAGGUACUAAUUCAAGCCCACAAAGAAAUAGGAAAUAAAUGGGCAGAAAUUGCAAGGAGGUUGCCAGGAAGGACUGAGAACACUAUAAAAAAUCAUUGGAAUGCAACAAAAAGAAGGCAACAUUCAAAGAAGAAAUGCAAGGACGUCUCAAAUCCGCAGGCGGGCUCCCUCUUGCAAACCUACAUAAAGAGCCUGAGUACUUCAGCUUCACCCACAAUCGACAACAAUAUUACUCUCUCAAAAAUAUCAAACACACAAUUACAAAUGUUCAAUAUGAUCACCAAUAAUCCUCAAAUUCAGAUCGAGGGCUCAGAUGUCACCUCCACAGACUGGACACUCCGGCCACCACCUUACGAUCGUAACAAGGCUCUAGGUUUGUCGAAUUUGGACAAAAAUAUGCUUCCUGAAAACAAUGUCUUUGGGUCCAUGAUUCAGGAGAUGCCCAAUAUGGAGUUCGAGAUGCCUUUGGAGAUGGAUAGUCUUAUGCAGAGUGAGUUGAAGAAGGAGAUGGAUUUGCUGGAGAUGAUAUGUCUGGGAAACCUUUGA